UCUACCGUCUCACAAAGGUGGUGAGAAACCCCUUCGAGAUGGCUCGAGUCGCUUCUGUUCGCACGACCCUUAGUGCUUCCUCUACGCGAUCCUCAAAAAGAACGCAGGGAUACUCAACCCGCAUCUCUGCUAAGAGCACACGUAAAAAGAAGACAUCCGCAAACCCCGCGAGCAAAGUGAAGAAUGCCACUGAAACGACCAGUGGUUACACUACGAGUCGAGCUGCGAAGAGGAAAAGCCAAAAGAGCGAGGAAUCUACAGAGACGACCGAACGUCGAUUGAGGAGGUUUCGCCACUCCCCCCCGGUGAGCUACCAACAACGUCUGGAGCGUGCAGUCACCCAACGCAUGUUCGUCGUUGGACAAACUGUAUCUGGCACGGAUGUGGUCCCCGAGCUGAACUUCGACAUCGUCGGCUCAACUGGCAACAUUUACAAGACGACCGUCGGGAAGGUGCCGACCUGCAACUGCCCGGAUGCAAGGAAAGGCAACCAGUGCAAGCACAUCUGCUAUGUUUUAGUAAAAGUCCUGAAGGCUCCUUCGCAUCUCCAGUACCAACUAGCUUUCCUAUCAUCUGAACUCCGCGAAAUUUAUGAAAACUCUCCCCUCCGAAACGUCAAAGACAAAGCGGAGGACCACGACACUGAUGGGAAACGUAAGCCAGUCGAAGGCGACUGUCCCAUCUGCUUCAUGGAAUUCGAGCCGGACAAGGAAGACAUCGUCUGGUGCCGCGCAGCGUGUGGGAACAACAUCCACAAAGCCUGCUUUCAGAAAUGGGCCGCUUCGUCAAACAACCAGGGAGUCCGCUGCGUUUAUUGUCGCUCACCGUGGCAAAACCAAGACGCCGACGGUAAAGUCGACGUUACCCUCGAACAACUCGUCGCUCAGGGUCGAGUCGGCGAAGACGGGUACAUCAACGUGGCAAGUCAAAUGGGCCUAUCGGGUGAACGCGACUCUUCAACAUACUAUCAGCGGUGGGUGCACCGGCGCUCGUAUUAUUCUGGCUGGCGUGACCGCGAGGACUACGUGGACUACUACUAGACGCGCAUUGGAUGUUGGAUUAUCACCGCGCCGUCAAAUUUUCAGCACACCUACAGCCUCGGCGUUCAAUUGGGAGUUUAAACGGGUCAUCAGAGGGUUGUAUUGGGUCUACCUAGGGAUCUUUGGCGUUCGGCUCCUCAUACCCCACUUAGUUGUUUGGAGUACUUUCGAUUCCUUGAAUUCAUCCUUGUUGGUAUGA